CUACGGAUGUCGGUAGCUGUAGCGCGUAGUGUUGGCAAGGCAAGGUUUUAUGAGGAGAGUGUGUGCGGUAGUGGAUAAAUGGUGUAGUGGAUGUGUGUAAGAUGAGCAGGACUCCUGGUAAAAAUAAUAUUGAAGCGGAAUUUGUGCAAAUAGACUCGAUUAGAGCGUGGACGCAGCUGUACCAGCGCAUAAGGGAUGAGAGUUUAAACAAUGAUUACACACUCAUUGAAGCAAAGAAAGCAGAAAACAAGAAUCUUAACAGGUAUAGAGAUGUCAGUCCAUAUGAUCAUAGCAGAGUUGUUCUCACAAAGGGAUCCUGCAACUAUAUCAAUGCAAAUCUUAUCACGAUGGAAAGGGCACACCGUCGGUAUAUCUUGACACAGGGCCCUUUGCCACAUACAACAGGCCAUUUCUGGUUGAUGAUUUGGGAACAGAAGUGCAAAGCAGUGCUUAUGCUAAACAGAAUAAUAGAAAAGAAUCAGGUUAAAUGUCAUCAGUACUGGCCUUCAGGUACAAAACCAGGUGUGGAUGAGAGACUGGAAUUGAAAGAUGUUGGCCUUGUUGUAGAGUUUGUCUCAGAGACUGAAGCCUCAUACUAUACAACAAGAGUUCUGAGGUUGAUAGAUGAAGUGACUGGAGAGAGCCGGCAGAUUCUACAGUUCCAUUAUACUACAUGGCCCGACUUUGGCGUGCCAGAGAGCCCAACAGCAUUCCUAAAUUUCCUGACUGUAGUUCGACAGAGUGGUGCACUGGACCAGAAUGUAGGGCCACCAGUUGUGCAUUGCUCAGCUGGAAUAGGGCGUUCUGGUACUUUCUGCCUUGUCGAUUCUUGCCUUGUUCUUAUUGAGGAGAAUGGUCUCGACUCAGUAAAUGUCGUGGAUGUGCUACUGGAAAUGCGGAAGUUUCGUAUGGGCCUCAUUCAGACGCCGGAUCAGUUAAGAUUUUCUUACUUGGCAAUUAUUGAAGGUGCGAAGAAACUAAUUAACAACAAUCCUUUGCAUGAUUACAAUAAUGUGGAGGACACAUCUUUGAACCAUCAUGAUGGUUCAACAGAGGAGACUUCAGCAGAUGAAGAUGACACAGAUGAACCACCUCCAUUACCUCCACCACGAGGUGAUUCGUUGACACGGUCUAAGUUCGCUACAAAUAAUCAUGGUAUGAAUGGAGGAUUUGAAGCCAACAAACCACUUCCUGUGGAACCUGAGGUCUCUCCAGAGCAGGAGAGUGUGGAAAGAUUGCUUGACUCAGCACUUCAAGAUAAGGAAGCCAGUGAUGAUACACCUCAGCUACGACAUCGAAGGCAUGAGCGCCAGGAGCGGCUUUUGAGGCUGACAGGACGUAUACGUGAAAUAAAGCGUAAACAAGAAGCUGCCGAACGUUCAGAACAACUGUGGAGGUCUCUGUCAAAGCCAUUAGCUGUUGGUUUUGGUCUUGGGCUUGUUAUGGGCGGAGGCUGGAUUGCUUACUGUUACUUCUCUAACCGUGUUUGAUCAAGAGAGAGAUCAUCAAACCCUGGAGGUGUUUGUGCUGCACUGUCGGCAUAUAGGAUAUCUCUUUUCAGUGUAAUACAUUAAUUUAUGCAUGUUGGGUAAUGAUGUCACUGUGGUUAAAUUACUGCGGACUGGUUGGUGUUUUAUAAAUGCUAAACAGACUGUGUUAGUUGGGAGCGAUUAUGACAUUUUCAUUAUUUCUGCUAGCAUUAAGUCUGUGUUUUUUGUCCACUGACUCUUUGAGAUGAAUAGUUGGCAAAUGUUGUGUGCAGGUGUUUCCAAAAAUGUAACUGGUGAUGUUUGUCCCAUUGAGAAAAUGGUGUUCAGUGACGGUUUUGGAGUAUAGAUACUAUCGGUUGACAAACAUUGCCCUGGGUAAACGUGAUGUACUGCGUUACAUCAUAUAGGAGUUAAAUUUGCUGCGUGGGCUGCCCCCUUAUUGGAUUGGAUGUUUUUUAAAAAUAUACUUAAAAGUAAUUUUUAAAUGUUUUGCUCCAGGAAUUUUUCUUGUCUUUUCUUCUACAACAUUCGAAAUGUGGUCAACUUUUAAAGAAAACAAACCUCUCAAAGUGUCAAUUAUUGUGUGUUGCAAGUGAAGUGGAACAAGACCUGUUAUUUUGUUUAGAAGUGCAUCAAAUAUGUAAGUGUUUGGCUGUUACUAAUAAAUUGCUCCUCUUGGCAAAAUUUAGAGCAAUCCAUCUUUUUGUUGGUAGGCAUUCUGUGUGACCUUGAAAUCAUUUAUCUUUCUUACUUGUAAUUUCAAACCAAUACAGAUGAAUUACAGGAAUUAAACAAGCAUUAGUUUAGACAGUAGUCUUAUUCUGUUGUUCACUUGGUACAGUGGAGCAUAUGUUUCUUAUUUUAAAAAUAACUACUGCUGAUAUUGCAUUCACAAAUCACCAACUCCAUUACCCAAAAUUUAUUGUUAUUAGAGGGGUUCUUGAGUUGUACACACUUUGUGUAAACCUUCACCUGUUAGCCACCAAAUUUAGAGAUGUACUGGGGUGGGGGCAAUUUCUUGCUGUUGAGGCUGUAUGGAUUUUUAUUCAACAUAGUGAUGAAAGGAAAAUGGUCAGAUUCGAAGGAACGAAAAAAAAAAAAAAUU